UGCUCCGUUUUAUCCUCAAUCAAUCACGCGCUCUUUCAUGGCUCCUCUUAAACCUUCUCCUCAACUCUAGUCUCCGAAAGUCCAAAAAGCUUAACUUUACCCCCGGAGACACCAUAAUCUUCCGUAUAUCCAUCACAUGGCGCGCCGAGCCCUCCCGAUCCUCAAGCAGCUCACGGACAGGCACCCCGCGUGGACCCGAUCCGUGACCUACAUGCCCCGACCCGGCGACGGGGCGCCACGCGCGGUGACUUUGAUCCCCGGGGACGGCGUGGGGCCUUUGGUGACGAACGCGGUGGAGCAGGUGAUGGAGGCAAUGCACGCGCCGGUGUACUUCGAGCGCUACGACGUGCACGGCGAUAUGAGCCGUGUCCCACAGGAAGUGAUCGAGUCGAUCCAGAAGAACAAGGUGUGCCUGAAGGGCGGGCUCCGGACGCGGGUCGGUGGCGGAGUGAACUCGCUCAACGUGCAGCUCCGGAAGGAGCUCGACCUCUACGCCUCGCUCGUCCAUUGCUUCAAUCUCCCUGGGCUUCCCACUCGCCACGAGAAUGUGGAUAUCGUUGUGAUUAGGGAGAACACCGAGGGUGAAUACUCCGGCCUCGAGCACGAGGUCGUCCCCGGCGUCGUCGAAAGCCUCAAGGUGAUAACAAAGUUCUGCUCAGAACGCAUUGCAAAAUACGCGUUUGAGUAUGCUUACCUAAACAACAGGAAAAAGGUGACGGCCGUGCACAAAGCCAACAUCAUGAAACUCGCAGAUGGUUUAUUUUUAGAAUCUUGCCGGGAGGUUGCAACCAAUUAUCCUGGUAUUAAGUACAAUGAGAUCAUCGUGGACAACUGCUGCAUGCAACUUGUUUCAAAGCCCGAGCAAUUCGAUGUUAUGGUGACUCCCAAUCUUUACGGCAAUCUAGUGGCAAAUACAGCAGCUGGUAUUGCUGGAGGCACUGGUGUAAUGCCAGGAGGCAAUGCGGGGGCUGAUCAUGCCGUGUUUGAGCAAGGUGCUUCAGCAGGAAAUGUGGGGAGUGAAAACAUAACGCAUCAAAAGAAGGCAAACCCCGUAGCUUUGCUCCUCUCAUCAGCCAUGAUGCUCAGGCACCUCCAGUUUCCUUCAUUUGCCGAUCGGCUCGAGACUGCUGUGAAGCGUGUCAUCUCUGAGGGCAAAUACCGUACAAAAGAUCUUGGUGGAGACAGCACCACCCAAGAGAUUGUCGAUGCCGUCAUCGCUAAUCUGGACUGAUUGGUUAGGAAUUACCACCUUAUUUCUCGGCUUUCGCUUGCCUCUGCUGGUUUCGCCCAACCGUUCUCGAACCGUUUGAUUUAUACAGCUUGUUCCAUAUUCAUUGGUAGGUUAUGUUGCUUGUCUGGAAGUGUGAAUAUCUCUAGUGACGUGAGUAAUCAAAAUGGUGAGUGUUGCAAUAAAAAAUUCUCUUGAGAGUUUUCUUCUUACAUUUCUGAAUUUGAUGAAAGGUUAUUAUUAAACAUUGUUUCUCCCUUCCUACAAGCCGAAUGUCAUUCAUUUCAACUCAAAUUUGUUCGUCUGCUGCAACUUUACCCCUCAUAUUUCCUUUAGAAAUAAAAGAAAAUUGUGCAUUUGAUACUC